AAAUAUUUUAUGUAUAACAAUGAGCGAAAGCCUGUAAGUAAGUCGUAAUUUAAGCAAUUUACGGACAAAUUUGCGACAAUUAUUUACAAUUUGUAUUGAUCAACAGUCAAAUUAUUCCAUUUCUGUCUGUAGAAAGGGAAUCGUAGGAAUAGAAUCCAUUGAUAAACACCACGCGCGUGGUUCAUCUCGCGCUGCUGCUGCGCGUGGAGUUCUAUUUUUAGCACAGACACAGAGAUGCUAGUUCGGCUGUUUUCUACACAAGAGUGUGUAGUUUAUUGAUGGAACUAAAGAUAUGCCGGAUAAAUUAGAGAAAAUGUUUGGGAGAUUCAGGAAAGUUACAGGAUGUAUUUUUCUGGUUGCUAUGGUGAUUUGUGUGAUUGCAAUACUUGGGCCGACGGAAACAGAAUACGCCACGGUUGUACAUUUAAAUAAAGGGCUAUUUCAGAAGCAUCCAAAACAGAGCUUGACAGAAAGAUCAUUUCAAACUGAAGAUAACAUGCAAUUAACUGAUAAUAUGAAAAUUGAAAUUGCUCAUCGUAACUUAGAGUUUUCACAGUAUAAAGAAAAUCAGACUUUUUAUAAAUCUAGUUUAGAACAGCAGCAGCAGCAAUAUUAUCAUCAUCAACAACAGCAAAAACAACAAAAAGAACAGCAACAGUUGGAAGUGCGUCAUAUCGGAUUCCUUAAGGUUCACAAGGCAGCGAGUUCAACCAUGCAAAACAUUUUCUUCCGAUUUGGACUGAAGCGGAAUUUGACGUUUGUUUUUACUUCACAUCCUAAUUACUUUUCCAGAAUACCUGAGCGACAUUUACCGCUUGUGAAACCAAGACAUAGGAAAAGUUAUGAUAUUAUAUGUACUCAUGGUGUUUUUAACUAUAAUGUUUACUCAUCCCUCCUACCUACUGAUACUGUAUAUAUAGCUACUGUUCGGGACCCAUUAGCAGUGUUUAUUUCCGCUGUAAAUUACUAUACACAGCCUACUCAGCAAAUCCAGUACAUAGCGAAAAUCCGCGGGAAUAGGUUACAGAAACUUAUUCAAAAUCCCGAACUAUAUGAUAGGCAAUUCUUCUCGUACACGAAAAACGUAAUGGCGCGAGAUUUUGGAUUUCCAAAAACAAACGACGAGGGACGAGUAAACGCGAAGUUAAAAGAAUUAGGUCAAACUUUCAAACUGGUAUUGCUUGUGGAAUACAUUGAGGAGUCACUUAUACUUAUGAAGCGGUAUUUGAAAUGGAACUUAAAGGAUAUUUUAUUUGUAUCUAAUAACGUGUAUGGCAAAGGGCAAACAAUGGAAGACCUUACAACAAACGACGUUGCAAAAUUCAAAACACGAAAUAAGCUUGAUUACAAAGUAUAUGAUUAUUUUUACGAAAGGUUCUGGGAUCAGUUUAACAAAGAAAGUGAUGAAAUAAAGUUCGAAGUUUCUCAUUUUAAAAAUGUUUUGACUGAUUUGAACAAAUAUUGCAAUUAUCCGACACAGAAAGGCAGGAACGAUAAUUUAUUACAAGUUGAACAAUCGAAAUGGAACGAACAGUUCAGUAUAAGCUUUGAAGAAUGUUAUUAUAUGAAAAAAGAUGAAUUAGAAUUUAUUACUCAGUUGAGGCAGAAGCAAGGGAGUGAACUCCGUGGUUAAUUUCUUGUGUUGGAGAUAAUCUAGGUAAGCUUUGUUUCGGUUGUAGGUUGAUGUAAAAGAUAUAAACAGUCUGUAACACAAAGGAGUUUUUAUUUACCUGAAUAGUUCUUUUAUUUUAGGAAUAGGAGUAAACCAUGAUGUUAAGGAUUAUUUAUUAGGCAAGGGAGUGAACUCUGAAGGAAAGAUUUUUUUGGAGGCAAGGAAGUUAACACCAAUGUAAAUGAUUUUCUGAGACGGGAUAUGUCUUCCGAUGUUUAUGAAUGAUAUUAUUUAUAAGGCAAGGGAUUAAACUCUGGAGGAAAUGAUUACUUUAUUAGACAAGGGAGUGAACUCGGAGGUUAAUGAUUAUAUAAUCGGAAAGGUAUUGAACUCCGACGUUAAUGCAAAUGAGUAGACUAUGUAUGUAAUGAUUAUAUACAAGGCGAGGAUGUGAAUACCGAUAUAUAACAAUUACUUAUAUGAUAUACUAGUACACAACGAUAUAUUGAACUACGCAUGUGCAUAGCUUUGAUAUGUCGAUCAUAUUGAAAUGCAAAGCUUAUACUAUGCCCUCUCAACACUUGUGCUGAUUUUAUAAUGGUUUCUAUAAGAUUUAUAGCAUGCCGAUGAAAGUCAAAUUAAUUAGUACAGCAACAAUCCACCAAUAAGCUAAAAUCGAAUCUAUAUUUCAUCCCGGCAGGUCCGGCAAACUUCUUAAAUUUCCGUAAAAGAACUUCAUGUUACAUUGAUGAUUUUUUUCAGAAUUGCAUCAAAUUUAUAAAUUUAGACUUAACAAACAUGAUUGAUAUGCUGAUAUUCAUUGACAGGUUUGUGCAACUGAAGAAAUUAAAUGUGCCAAGUUUGAUUUUUUUUAUAUCUAGUCUUUCGGGGUUGAUGGUUACUAGGUGAUUUGUUUUUGUACAAUGUAAUAGGAAUACAUGUAUAAUUAUUAAGUUAUGUGAAUAGUCUAGCGUAGAAAUUAAAUCUAGCAGUUUAUAGUUUAUAUCUGUCAAAAAAUGUGCCAAAAUAUUAUUUUUAGCAACGAAUAUAUUCUUCCUGAUUCAGGAACAAUUAUAAAAUAUUUAUGUAAAAUGGUAAGCAAUAUGUUGCAAUUUUGUAAUGUGUACAAUGACAUUAAGUUUAUCACCAAUUAUGUAUUAUUAACUGUGUUGUCGUGUUAAGCAAUUUUGCCCAUGUUGAUACAGGACUAGUGUUGUUUGUAGUUGUCUAAACUUACUUGUUACGAUGCUAACACUGUAUAUGUACAGCCAUAACACAAUGAGUUGAACAUGCAAAAAUAUUUUGCAAACAAUAACUAAAUGUUAUAUAAGUAUUCAAGGUCAAAAUCCUAGACAUGAACUCGUAUAGUUGCACGUAUUAGAUAUGAAUUUCUAAUUUAUAUAAACACGUUGUUGAAUUUUAUCUACAUAAUGAAUAUUAAAGAUUGUUUUGUAAUAAACAUUUUAAUGCUAACUUUAAUGUUUAUGUGAAAUUCAUAAUUACCAUUUUUGCGACCUACGAUAUUUUAACUAACAAAUGUUUGAUUCGUACAUUAUUUUUUUUCAGAUUUAAACACAUAUUUACCUAAGAUAUUUUCGUAAAGAUAUUUAAUAGAUUACAAUAACUGGAAACAAAUGUUUCCUUUGUGAAUUAAGUCAAACCAAUCUUCAUAGUUAAAAUAGAUAAAUACAGAAUCCCUAACGAAAGCCCAACACGGCAAAAUUGAAAAUGUUGCAGGCUCGGUUUGAUUGAGCCUGUUCAUGGAAGUUUUGUGAUCGUCAUGUUGCAUUGUUACAUUUUUAUGUUUUAAACGUCUUACGAAACACGGCUGCUAUAGCAAACAUAUGCUUUUUAAAGAGUGCAAUAAGUAUUUAUUAUAUGUGUUGUAUUGUUCAAACUAUUUUACAUGCAAUAAAUUAAAACCAGUAUUAUAUUUAAUCAUAUGUAUUAUAUCAAUUAACAAGGUUUAUGUUAAAAGAUACUUUAAAAUUUUGUGUCAAAUUAUACAACGCAUUUAUAACACAGUGUUCACUCUACCAUGUUCCA